CUGGAGCUCUGGUGGUGGUGGCUCCAGCAGUGGAGGAGGAGGAGGAGGCUCGGGGUCUGGAGGUGGUGGAAGCUCAGGCAGUGGAGGCUCCAUGUCUGGAGGUGGCCACAGCUCUGGAGGUUGGGGAUCCGGCUCAGGCAGUGGUAGUUGCAGUCCCCACGGUGGAGGGCUGAGCUCUGGAGGUGGCAGCAGCUCUGGCAGGAGAGGAUCCAUCUCUGGAGGUGGUGGAGGAGGAGGAAGCUCUGGUCAUGGAGGCUGGAGCUCUGGUGGUGGUGGCUCCAGCAGUGGAGGAGGAGGAGGAGGCUCGGGGUCUGGAGGUGGUGGAAGCUCAGGCAGUGGAGGCUCCAUGUCUGGAGGUGGCCACAGCUCAGGAGGUUGGGGAUCCGGCUCUGGCAGUGGUAGUUGCAGUACCCACGGUGGAGGGAUGAGCUCUGGAGGUGGCAGCAGCUCUGGCAGGAGAGGAUCCAUCUCUGGAGGUGGUGGAGGCGGAGGAAGCUCUGGUCAUGGAGGCUGGAGCUCUGGUGGUGGUGGCUCCAGCAGUGGAGGAGGAGGAGGAGGCUCGGGGUCUGGAGGUGGUGGAAGCUCGGGCAGUGGAGGCUCCAUGUCUGGAGGUGGCAGCAGCUCUGGAGGUUGGGGAUCCGGCUCUGGCAGUGGUAGUUGCAGUCCCCAUGGUGGAGGGCUGAGCUCUGGAGGUGGCAGCAGUUCUGGCAGGAGAGGGUCCAUCUCUGGAAGUGGUGGAGGCGGAGGAAGCUCUGGUCAUGGAGGCUGGAGCUCUGGUGGUGGUGGCUCCAGCAGUGGAGGAGGAGGAGGAGGCUCGGGGUCUGGAGGUGGUGGAAGCUCAGGCAGUGGAGGCUCCAUGUCUGGAGGUGGCCACAGCUCUGGAGGUUGGGGAUCCGGCUCAGGCAGUGGUAGUUGCAGUCCCCACGGUGGAGGGAUGAGCUCUGGAGGUGGCAGCAGCUCUGGCAGGAGAGGAUCCAUCUCUGGAGGUGGUGGAGGAGGAGGAAGCUCUGGUCAUGGAGGCUGGAGCUCUGGUGGUGGUGGCUCCAGCAGUGGAGGAGGAGGAGGCUCGGGCAGUGGAGGCUCCAUGUCUGGAGGUGGCCACAGCUCUGGAGGUUGGGGAUCCGGCUCUGGCAGUGGUAGAUGCAGUCCCCACGGUGGAGGGAUGAGCUCUGGAGGUGGCAGCAGCUCUGGCAGGAGAGGGUCCAUCUCUGGAGGUGGUGGAGGAGGAGGAAGCUCUGGUCAUGGAGGUUGGAGCUCUGGUGGUGGUGGCUCCAGCAGUGGAGGAGGAGGAGGCUCGGGCAGUGGAGGCUCCAUGUCUGGAGGUGGCAGCAGCUCUGGAGGUUGGGGAUCCAGCUCUGGCAGUGGUAGUUGCAGUCCCCACGGUGGAGGGCUGAGCUCUGGAGGUGGCAGCAGUUCUGGCAGGAGAGGGUCCAUCUCUGGAAGUGGUGGAGGCGGAGGAAGCUCUGGUCAUGGAGGCUGGAGCUCUGGUGGUGGUGGCUCCAGCAGUGGAGGAGGAGGAGGCUCGGGCAGUGGAGGCUCCAUGUCUGGAGGUGGCAGCAGCUCUGGAGGUUGGGGAUCCAGCUCUGGCAGUGGUAGUUGCAGUCCCCACGGUGGAGGGCUGAGCUCUGGAGGUGGCAGCAGUUCUGGCAGGAGAGGGUCCAUCUCUGGAGGUGGUGGAGGAGGAGGAAGCUCUGGUCAUGGAGGCUGGAGCUCUGGUGGUGGCGGCUCCAGCAGUGGAGGAGGAGGAGGAGGCUUGGGGUCUGGAGGUGGUGGAAGCUCAGGCAGUGGAGGCUCCAUGUCCGGAGGUGGCAGCAGCUCUGGAGGUUGGGGAUCCAGCUCUGGCAGUGGUAGAUGCAGUCCCCACGGUGGAGGGCUGAGCUCUGGAGGUGGCAGCAGCUCUGGCAGGAGAGGGUCCAUCUCUGGAGGUGGUGGAGGAGGAGGAAGCUCUGGUCAUGGAGGCUGGAGCUCUGGUGGUGGUGGCUCCAGCAGUGGAGGAGGAGGAGGCUCGGGCAGUGGAGGCUCCAUGUCUGGAGGUGGCAGCAGCUCUGGAGGUUGGGGAUCCGGCUCUGGCAGUGGUAGUUGCAGUCCCCACAGUGGAGGGCUGAGCUCUGGAGGUGGCAGCAGCUCUGGCAGGAGAGGGUCCAUCUCUGGAGGUGGUGGAGGAGGAGGAAGCUCUGGUCAUGGAGGCUGGAGCUCUGGUGGUGGUGGCUCCAGCAGUGGAGGAGGAGGAGGAGGCUCGGGGUCUGGAGGUGGUGGAAGUUCGGGCAGUGGAGGCUCCAUGUCUGGAGGUGGCCACAGCUCUGGAGGUUGGGGAUCCGGCUCUGGCAGUGGUAGUUGCAGUCCCCACAGUGGAGGGCUGAGCUCUGGAGGUGGCAGCAGCUCUGGCAGGAGAGGGUCCAUCUCUGGAGGUGGUGGAGGCGGAGGAAGCUCUGGUCAUGGAGGUUGGAGCUCUGGUGGUGGCGUCUGCAGCAGUGGAGGAGGAGGAGGAGGCUUGGGGUCUGGACGUGGUGGAAGCUCAGGCAGUGGAGGCUCCAUGUCUGGAGGUGGCAGCAGCUCUGGAGGUUGGGGAUCCGGCUCUGGCAGUGGUAGUUGCAGUCCCCACAGUGGAGGGCUGAGCUCUGGAGGUGGCAGCAGUUCUGGCAGGAGAGGGUCCAUCUCUGGAGGUGGUGGAGGCGGAGGAAGCUCUGGUCAUGGAGGCUGGAGCUCUGGUGGUGGUGGCUCCAGCAGUGGAGGAGGAGGAGGAGGCUCGGGGUCUGGAGGCGGUGGAAGUUCGGGCAGUGGAGGCUCCAUGUCUGGAGGUGGCCACAGCUCAGGAGGUUGGGGAUCCGGCUCUGGCAGUGGUAGAUACAGUCCCCAUGGUGGAGGGCUGAGCUCUGGAGGUGGCAGCAGCUCUGGCAGGAGAGGGUCCAUCUCUGGAGGUGGUGGAGGCGGAGGAAGCUCUGGUCAUGGAGGCUGGAGCUCUGGUGGUGGUGGCUCCAGCAGUGGAGGAGGAGGAGGAGGUUCGGGCAGUGGAGGCUCCAUGUCUGGAGGUGGCCACAGCUCUGGAGGUUGGGGAUCCAGCUCUGGCAGUGGUAGUUGCAGUCCCCACGGUGGAGGGAUGAGCUCUGGAGGUGGCAGCAGCUCUGGCAGGAGAGGGUCCAUCUCUGGAGGUGGUGGAGGCGGAGGAAGCUCUGGUCAUGGAGGCUGGAGCUCUGGUGGUGGUGGCUCCAGCAGUGGAGGAGGAGGAGGCUUGGGCAGUGGAGGCUCCAUGUCUGGAGGUGGCAGCAGCUCUGGAGGUUGGGGAUCCAGCUCUGGCAGUGGUAGUUGCAGUCCCCACGGUGGAGGGCUGAGCUCUGGAGGUGGCAGCAGUUCUGGCAGGAGAGGGUCCAUCUCUGGAGGUGGUGGAGGAGGAGGAAGCUCUGGUCAUGGAGGCUGGAGCUCUGGUGGUGGCGGCUCCAGCAGUGGAGGAGGAGGAGGAGGCUUGGGGUCUGGAGGUGGUGGAAGCUCAGGCAGUGGAGGCUCCAUGUCCGGAGGUGGCAGCAGCUCUGGAGGUUGGGGAUCCAGCUCUGGCAGUGGUAGAUGCAGUCCCCACGGUGGAGGGAUGAGCUCUGGAGGUGGCAGCAGCUCUGGCAGGAGAGGGUCCAUCUCUGGAGGUGGUGGAGGAGGAGGAAGCUCUGGUCAUGGAGGCUGGAGCUCUGGUGGUGGUGGCUCCAGCAGUGGAGGAGGAGGAGGCUCGGGCAGUGGAGGCUCCAUGUCCGGAGGUGGCCACAGCUCUGGAGGUUGGGGAUCCGGCUCUGGCAGUGGUAGUUGCAGUCCCCACGGUGGAGGGCUGAGCUCUGGAGGUGGCAGCAGCUCUGGCAGGAGAGGAUCCAUCUCUGGAGGUGGUGGAGGAGGAGGAAGCUCUGGUCAUGGAGGCUGGAGCUCUGGUGGUGGUGGCUCCAGCAGUGGAGGAGGAGGCUUGGGGUCUGGAGGUGGUGGAAGUUCGGGCAGUGGAGGCUCCAUGUCUGGAGGUGGCCACAGCUCUGGAGGUUGGGGAUCCGGCUCUGGCAGUGGUAGAUGCAGUCCCCACGGUGGAGGGCUGAGCUCUGGAGGUGGCAGCAGCUCUGGCAGGAGAGGGUCCAUCUCUGGAGGUGGUGGAGGUGGAGGAAGCUCUGGUCAUGGAGGUUGGAGCUCUGGUGGUGGCGGCUCCAGCAGUGGAGGAGGAGGAGGAGGCUCGGGGUCUGGAGGUGCUGGAAGCUCAGGCAGUGGAGGCUCCAUGUCCGGAGGUGGCAGCAGCUCUGGAGGUUGGGGAUCCAGCUCUGGCAGUGGUAGAUGCAGUCCCCACGGUGGAGGGCUGAGCUCUGGAGGUGGCAGCAGCUCUGGCAGGAGAGGGUCCAUCUCUGGAGGUGGUGGAGGAGGAGGAAGCUCUGGUCAUGGAGGCUGGAGCUCUGGUGGUGGUGGCUCCAGCAGUGGAGGAGGAGGAGGCUCGGGCAGUGGAGGCUCCAUGUCCGGAGGUGGCCACAGCUCUGGAGGUUGGGGAUCCGGCUCUGGCAGUGGUAGUUGCAGUCCCCACGGUGGAGGGCUGAGCUCUGGAGGUGGCAGCAGCUCUGGCAGGAGAGGAUCCAUCUCUGGAGGUGGUGGAGGAGGAGGAAGCUCUGGUCAUGGAGGCUGGAGCUCUGGUGGUGGUGGCUCCAGCAGUGGAGGAGGAGGCUUGGGGUCUGGAGGUGGUGGAAGUUCGGGCAGUGGAGGCUCCAUGUCUGGAGGUGGCCACAGCUCUGGAGGUUGGGGAUCCGGCUCUGGCAGUGGUAGAUGCAGUCCCCACGGUGGAGGGCUGAGCUCUGGAGGUGGCAGCAGCUCUGGCAGGAGAGGGUCCAUCUCUGGAGGUGGUGGAGGUGGAGGAAGCUCUGGUCAUGGAGGUUGGAGCUCUGGUGGUGGUGGCUCCAGCAGUGGAGGAGGAGGAGGAGGCUUGGGGUCUGGAGGUGGUGGAAGUUCGGGCAGUGGAGGCUCCAUGUCUGGAGGUGGCCACAGCUCUGGAGGUUGGGGAUCCGGCUCUGGCAGUGGUAGAUGCAGUCCCCACGGUGGAGGGCUGAGCUCUGGAGGUGGCAGCAGCUCUGGCAGGAGAGGGUCCAUCUCUAGAGGUGGUGGAGCAGGAGGAAUGUCCAUCUGUGGUGGUGGAGAUUCGAGCUGUGAUAUUAUCUCUAGUCCUGGCAAUGUAGGUUAUUGCUCUGCUGAUGUGUCUGUCCCUGAAUUGGAAGGGGUAUAUGAAUGAGGGAGCUGUGAAUUCCAUUUUUACAGACCUGGUGAGACCUGUGAAGAAUGCAGGUCUGAAGGAGUGUAGUGUUCUGGGACUGGUGUUUAUACUUCUCUUUGUGGAAAUGACUCAAUUUCUUCUGGACAUCCUUCCCAGAAGUAACAUUUGCAUUCAAAAUCCUGCCAGUUGGAAUGAUGGCAGUAUCCUCUGUAUUCGUAGCAAGGGUAGCUUCCAUGCCCACCAUGAAACCGUCUCUGGUUCAUGUCACCAUUACUCUGAACACGUCCUAGAACAUCCUGCACUCUCUUCUCCCUGCACAGCCAUCUCCUGAAUUACCCAACCACACACCUCUGUCUUAUGACAAUAUUGUGACAGUUGCUAUUGUUUCCUUAUGCUUUCUCUGAGUUCAUCUCAGGCUUUUUGGAUCCUUUGUCUUUGGCAACUAAAAUCUUGAAACCCUGUCUGUUGUGUGUGUAUUGGUCUAUGGGAGGGUACAACUCUGACAUGUAUGAUGAGAUUAUUUGAAAAAACUC